AUGAAUUAGCAAUGUAAAAUAUUCAAGAGCAAGGAAAUUGUUUAUUAAAGGGAUCCCAUUGAUGUAAGACAAUAACAUGAUUAAUUUUAAGAAAAAGAAAAUCGUAAAUGGUUAUAAGAUUAUGAAAAUAAUUGGUGAAGGAUCAUAUGGAAAAAUUAAAUUAGCAAUUAAGGAUAAUCAUGAAUAUGCAAUAAAAAAGUUUAAUAAGUUUAUUUUGAAAAAGAAGAAUAAAAUGUACAAGAAUCCUAAUGGAAGUAAUAAUAAUUAAAGUAUUAUUUUUAGCAACAAAAUAUGUCUCAUUUUUAGAUGAAGUAUAUAGAGAAAUAGAAAUUCAUUAAAAAUUGGAUCAUCCAAAUAUAAUUAAAUUGCAUGAGAUUUAUGAUGAUGAUGAAAGAGAGAAAUUAUAUGUAGUUUUAGAAUAUGCAGAAAUGGGAUAAAUUUUGAAAUGGGAAAGUAAAUAAGAAAUAUUUACAUCCUCAUGGAAAUUUGAUGAACUCACAUUCAAAGAUUAUGUUAAACAAAUGUUAAAAGGAUUACAAUAUCUAUAAUAAUAAUAUGUUGCACAUAGAGAUAUUAAACCACACAAUAUACUAUUAACCAAAAAUCAUCAAAUUAAAAUAUGUGAUUUUGGGUAAGCUCAAUAAUUGACUCCAUAAAAUGAUAGAGUCAAAGGAACUGAAGGCACUUUUUAAUUUGUUGCUCCUGAAUGUUUAAGAGAAAAUAAAAAGAGUGAUAUUCCAGGAUAUAGUGGUUAUUUAGCAGAUAUUUGGAGUUUAGGAGUUGUUCUUUAUUGUGUAGUAGAAUUGAGAUUACCAUUUUAAAGUGAAAUAAUGUUAGAACUAUUUAAUUAGAUAGAAACCAAAGAGUAAGAUAUUAUUAUUUAAUAUUAGAAUUAAAAUGAAAUAUGAUGGACCAGCAAAAAGUUUAAUUCUUAAAAUGUUAACUAGAGACACAAAUAAAAGACCAAAUGCAAGUUAAUUAUUAGAAGAUCCUUAUUUUUAAUGAUUUAGU